AUGGCUCGUAUUCACUGCGCUAAUGCGCAAUCGACCGCCAAUUCUUUCAUUCAACUUGCGCGACGAAGCUACACAACGACGCCCCAGACCUCAACGCCUCUCGAGUUCCUUAUUCCACGAUGCACUCCCCCAUCUCGACUACGAACCCCUCAUAUCACUGUUGCGCAAUCCAGAACAUAUGCUCAUCCGAGACGGUCAUGGGCCUUCAAGUCAAGGGAAAUAGCUACGAGGCAAUUCUCGACUACUGCUAUCCAACAAAAGACGCGGGCUAUACUGAAUCCCCAACAAGAUGAGGAUGGCAAUGAGAUGAUGCUGGAGAUUACUGAACGAGCUGCCAAGCGUCUAAAUAAGAUCAUGGAAAAGGAUGGCAACCCGAACCUUGCCCUAAGGAUUCAAGUCGAGAGUGGUGGUUGCCAUGGCUUCCAAUAUCUCAUGAGCCUUGUUACUUUACCAGCCAAGGACGCCGCCGAGUGGUCAUCCAUCGUGAACGAGGACGAUACAAUUUUUCAGUACAUCCCCGAUGACGCUGAUCCGGUCACAACCUCGGAAGAAGGCCCCAAGAUCAUUCUCGACGAGCCGUCUCUCGACCUCCUCAAGGGCAGCAAAGUCGACUUUACAAUGGAGUUGAUCGGCUCGCAGUUCAAGAUCAUUGAUAACCCACUUGCUACCAGUAGCUGUGGUUGUGGCACAAGCUUUGAUAUCAAGAUGUAG